AUGCACAGCCCCAGCAAGGUGAGCAAGGCAGGCCCACGCUCAGCCGGGCCCCGAUUGCUGAGCGAGUCCAUAGUGACAGCCAGGUCCAAACUGAAUCUGCGCAUCGGGUUCUGGGUCGACAAGGUACCUGAUGAGGCACAGCAGCGGGAGAGCUCGGGCUGGGCUCAGUGGGACGCCUCCAGCGCGGAGGAGGAGAGCCCCUAUGUGAAGCAGAGCUAUGCGGGGGAAGCCUCUCCUGCGCCUCCUUCCAGCGCAUUCCCUCCAGCAGUUCUUGUCCAUCUGCUGGCCCAGACACAGCCAGCCAAGCUCCUACAAAGGGAGCGUGCUGGGGACCGUGGCUCUCGAGCUGUCACAGAGGGCACUCUGAGCCUUCUCGCAAGGUCUGCUCUGCUCUCCUUGAACAAACACAAACCCUGGAUUGAGACAUCGUACCACGGAAUCAUAACUGAAAACAACGACACUGUGAUUUUGGAUCCUCCCCUUGUUGCUUUGGAUAAAGAUGCACCUGUUCCCUUUGCAGGUGAGAUCUGUGCUUUUAAAAUCCAUGGACAAGAAAUGCCCUUCGAAGCUGUUGUGCUAAACAGGACAUCUGGAGAAGGUCAUCUUCGAGCAAAAAGUCCCAUUGACUGUGAAGUGCAGAAGGAAUACACAUUCAUCAUCCAGGCCUACGACUGUGGAUCAGGACCAGGUGGAACAAACUGGAAGAAGUCUCACAAGGCAGUGGUCCAUAUACAGGUAAAGGAUGUCAAUGAGUUUUCACCAGCUUUCAAGGAGAGUGUGUACAAGACCACCGUGACAGAAGGAAAGAUCUAUGACAGCAUACUGCAGGUAGAAGCCAUAGACGAGGACUGUUCUCCACAGUAUAGCCAGAUCUGCAAUUAUGAAAUUGUCACAACUGAUGUUCCUUUUGCUAUUGACAGAAAUGGUAACAUCAGAAACACUGAGAAACUGAACUAUGAUAAACAACACCAGUAUGAGAUAAUGGUAACAGCUUUUGACUGUGGGCAAAAACAUGCAACAGAAGAUGUCUUAGUACAAGUUAAUGUCAAACCAGUGUGUAAACCAGGCUGGCAAGAAUGGAACAAACGGAUUGAAUACAAGCCUGGUUCUGGCAGCAUACCUUUGUUUCCCCACAUUCAUCUAGAAACGUGUGAUGGACCAGUUUCCUCGAUACAUACCACCAUUGAAUUACAGACCAGUUACAUCGGAAAGGGCUGUGAUCGUGAAACGUACUCAGAAAAAUCUCUGCAGAAAUUAUGUGGAGCUUCCUCAGGUGCCAUUGACCUGUUACCGUCACCCCGUGCAACAACUAACUGGACAGCUGGGCUUCUCAUGGAUAACAAUGACAUAAUUUUUAAAUUUGAUGGGAAGCAAGGAGCCAAAAUCCCAGAUGGAAUAGUCCCAAAGAAUUUAACUGAUCAAUUCACCAUCACUCUGUGGAUGAAACAUGGACCUAGUCCAGGAUUAAGAGCAGAGAAAGAGACUAUUCUCUGCAACUCUGACAAGACCGAGAUGAACCGACAUCACUAUGCCCUGUACAUCCACAACUGCCGGUUGGUAUUUCUGUUGCGCAAAGACUUUGAUCAGGCUGACACCUUUCGUCCUGCGGAGUUCCACUGGAAACUGGAUCAGAUUUGUGAUAAAGAAUGGCAUUACUACGUUGUCAAUGUUGAGUUUCCUGUUGUUACCUUAUACAUGGAUGGAACAACGUAUGAACCUUACCUUGUGACCAAUGAUUGGCCUAUCCAUCCUUCACACAUAGCCAUGCAGCUGACAGUUGGCGCUUGUUGGCAAGGAGGUGAAGUUGCCAAGCCCAGAUUUGCUCAGUAUUUCCAUGGCAGCCUGGCCAGUCUUACUAUUCGGCCAGGCAAAAUUGAGAGUCAGAAAGUGAUUUCCUGUUUGCAGGCCUGCAAGGAAGGUCUGGAUAUUAAUUCUCUUGAAAGUCUUGGCCAAGGAAUAAAGUAUCACUUCAAUCCCUCCCAGUCAGUCCUUGUCAUGGAAGGAGAAGACACUGAGAAUAUAAAUCAAGCUCUCCAAAAGGUCUCAUACAUCAACUCUAGACAGUUUCCUACAGCAGGUGUACGACGUCUCAAAGUCUCAUCUGAAGUCCAAUGUUUUGGUGAAGAUGUCUGCAUUAGUAUCCCAGAUAUAGAUGCAUAUGUAAUGGUGUUUCAGGCCAAUGAGCCCAAGAUUACAGUAAGUGGGAUGGAUCACUUUGCUAGACCAGCUGCAGAAUUUGAAAGUGAAAAAGGUGUUAUUUUGUUACCUGACAUCAGGAUUGUCAGCACAGUCACUAAAAUGGAGCAUCCAGUGGACUUAGAAGAGCAUGACAGAGCCAGUAAGCCAGUGGUAUUAGAGGACGUGCUCCACAACUUGGAUUUCUGUGAUAUUUUGGUCACUGGCGCAGAACUAGAUCCUGAACAAGAGUGUUUAGAACUAGAUCGUGUGGAGCUUCAAGGAAAACAUCUAGAUGCCACAAAUUCCACAGCAGGAUAUUCAAUCUAUGGUGUGGACAGCAUGCACAACUAUGAACAGGUUCUUCGGCAGAUUCGAUAUCGUAACUGGUACACUUCUGCCACCUUUGACAGAAAGUUCAGAGUCAAGUGCUCAGAGCUAAAUGGACGUUACACCAGCAAUGAAUUUAACUUGGAGGUUAGUAUUUUACACAGCUCCACCUCCAACUUCAUGGACCAUGUAAAUCACAUGAUAGUGGAACCACAAUUUCUCCAAUCUGUCCACCACCCAGAGGAAACUUCAGGUGCUCUUCACAACUCAGUUGUUCCAAGUGUGGCUACUAUGGUUAUCAUACUCUGUGUGAGCAUACUCGUUUUCAUCAUAACCUUGGGGGUCUAUCGAAUUCGGACAGCUCAUCAGCACAGCUCUGCAGACAACGAAGGAAGUAAAGAAAAUGAAAUGGAUUGGGAUGAUUCUGCUCUGACUAUUACUGUCAACCCCAUGGAGAAAUAUGAAAAACCGCACCAGGCACAAGAGGAGAGGGAGGAGGAAGAAGACGACACAGAAUAUGAAGAGGAAGACACAACCAGUGCUGAAUCAGAUGAGGAGGAGGAGGAGGAAGAGGAAGAGGAAGCGAUUGUCCAAAAGGGAGACAAACAGAAUGCCACCAGGCAAGAGCAGUUGGAGUGGGAUGACUCAACACUCCCGUACUAA